CUGGUACCAUGUAUUUGAAUGACUGAUCAUGAUGAUGUCUACUGCUCCUAAGAUAUAUGGCCCGUAAUCUUCACCCCAACGCCAGACGAGACUGCGAACAGCGAACACUCGCAGGUUCCUUGAACUUCCGUUGGCCGCAACAAUCAUCAGCCCCACAACAUGAUUCGCCCUGUAGCCCCCACUGACAGCAAAGCCAGCCUCGUCGCUCUUGCCGCUUCCACUGGCAUCUUCCAGCCUGGCGAAGCCGAGAUGCUCCUUGGGGAAACGUUAGACCACCUCUAUGCCAACGCGCUGGGAGACCACCAUUAUGCGUUUGUUUCAGUGGACGACGAGACCAUCAAUGGCUGGGUCUACUUGAGCAUCAUGAAGGACACGGAUCGAGUGUGGAACUUGUGGUGGAUUGGCGUCGCUCCGGGCCAUCAAGGCAAAGGCGUCGGUCGUCGACUCAUGGAGUUUGUCCAAGCAUUUGUGCGGCAGCAAGGCGCACGCAUUCUGCUCGUGGAAACCAGCGCGACAGACAUGUUGGCCAAGACGAGAGCGAUUUACACCCGCUGGGGGUUCACAAACUGCGGCGAAAUCCCCGACUUUUAUGCCGACGGCGAGGGCAAAGUGACUUUUUGGAAACGCAUUUUGUAAACUUGGAGUGGAUUACUACUACGUAGUACUACUACAGUACUUAAAUACUAGUAAUUUCUUAGCACGAACUGUAAAAGUGAUUACUACGUAGUAUUAGUAUUCUUAUCCCG